AUGGCUCCAAAGAAGAAGGGACAGCGCAUGGCUCUUGGUGAGUUCAUCAGUGAGUUCGGUGAUGCUGCCGAUUCGUCUUCCUGGGCUGACGACGAGAUGCCCUCUGUCGCCGCCGUGUCCGAUGAUAUGUGGAGCGGCUCCAGUUCGGGGUGGGGCGGAAGGCCUACUCGUCUGAUGCGCGAGGCAGUUCCUGUUCCUACCUCUCCUCCCUACACUGCUCGGUUGAUCAGUUUACCGUAUGAAAUCAACGAGACUGUUAUUUCCCAAUUCUUCGUUGAUCAAGGGCUGGCUGUGUCCAGUGUCCGUCUGCCCAAAGAUGUCGAGGCCGGCCGCAUCCGUGGCUAUGGCUUUGUUGAGUUUGAUGACCGUGAGUCGCUUGUCCAGGCUCUGGGAUGCGAGGGUAAGAUGCUUGGCGGCCGUGCUCUCCGUAUUGCUGUUGCCGAAAACCGUAUGGGUGGUGAGCGCGAUCGCACUGAUGAUGACUGGCGCUCUGGUCGCCGUGGGCCUUUGCCUCCUUUGGAGCACGGUGGUCGUGGUGGCGGCUUUGGUCGUCGUGGCGGUUUCGAUGAGCCCGAGCUCGACUGGAGCGCUCGUCGUGAGCCCCGUGAGCGCGAGCCUCGCGAGUUCCGCGGCGGUGACCGCGGUGGAUUCGGUGACCGUGGCGGAUUCGGUGGCCGUGGGCCCCGCCCCCCUCGCGAUGAGCCUGAUCUUGACUGGUCUGCUCGCCGCGAGCCUGCCUUCACCCGCCCUCCUCGUGCCAAUCGUCCUCCUCGCGCGGCAGAGCCCGAGCUCGACUGGUCCGCUCGUAAGACUCUCCCUGAGCUGCCGAACAAGGCCAAAAGCCAAACCCAACAGCCUCGCCGCAACGACGGCCGCUCUCGUAACUUUGAAGAGUGGGGACGGGCUGCUCCUGGUGCCGGCAACGCUAACGCACCGGCUGCUGCAGCUACCACCAGUGGCACUAAAGACAUUACGAAGGGCUUUGCCGUGCUGAGCACCGAUGACGAGCCUCAAGAAUCUGUCAGAGCUACCCCUGCUACAGCUGUGAAAUCGACUCCUGCGGUGCCGGCUACCGUUGAGACUUCUGCUCCUGCCGAGCAACCUGCUGAGGGAUCUUGGUCUGUUACCAGCUCCGGUCGUCAUUAA